GUGAGGAGGCAACAGCUCUCAGCAGCAGCAUCAUGACCAUCAAUAAGUAUUCUACGUAGCCUUCAGCACAACGUGAUAUAAGCCCUGAUACUCCACCUACGCUCCAGUUGCUGAUUGGCGUUACGUAGGUAUCCAGCUAUCAUUUAUUAGCCCAAAGCGUGGACGCCUCAUUUAUACUGACCGGAUCUCAGUGCAGGAUCUAUCCGUUCCCACUUUCCUCUGCACCAGGGCGCACGCAGCUGACUCUCUUACCAAACUAUCUGCUCGACAGAAAACAGGUGCUGCUUAGAAAAUGAGGAGAGGUUUGCUGCUGGUCACUCUGUUCCUCAUCAUGAAACUUCGAUGCAGCCAGUCCAGAUGCGAGGAGCCCGCAUCGCGCAGAUCAUCAUCAGAUCAGACCACAGGCUUGGAUAACCUCAAGCGGAACAUUCUGAAGAGGUAUAGCGAUUUGGAUUAUGACAGCUUUGUGGGUCUGAUGGGAAGAAGAAAUGCCGAUGCAAAUGAAGUAGAGUCGCCACAAAAAAGGGAAAUGCAUGACAUUUUUGUUGGUCUAAUGGGAAGGAGAAACUCAGAGUCUGAUAAUGGUCCCUGGAGGAGAGAGUAUCCAGAAAGGAGAGGCAUUUUUCUCAACAAGUGCAGGCUGAGGUUUCUUCAGGGGCUGUAGACAUUCAUACCAAAGCAACUCUCUCAUCUGGUUACACUGACAGAAGAUCACAGCGAACACACACAGUGAACUACAUGUCUGAUGGAAAUGACUACAUGGCGUGAUUCACACUGUAAACCUGCCAGCUGGCUUAAUGAAAGUGACCAUAAACUACACAGAUUGUAUUUUGUUUUUCACUGACAAACCUGAUUAGUAGUGACA